AUGUCCUUCGUGCUCAGGAGACCCUUUGCGGUCUCCCCCAACGCCUUCAGACAAUUCAGCAAACCGUCAACGCUUGUCCGAGCGUUCCACUCCUCCAGUCCCAAAUCAUCCAACACCUUCUUCAACCCUCGGCCAUUUGCCUCGACAUCGAACGCACAGUCGCUGCUGAAAUCAGCAGCUCUACGCAAUGGUUUCAAGCGCGGCUAUCAAACGCCCUCGUACCAACCUGCCAACCCAACCGCCAGCGGAAACCUGACACAGCGGCUUCUUUACGGCGCUGCGCUGGUCGGCGGCACCAUUGUUGCCACCAAUCUCAUCUUUAACCGCGAAACACGCGAAGAUGGCGGCAUGCCUCCCUUUGAGCGCGAGUACUUGAACCAGACAUUUAUGCACACUGGCUUGGGCGUGGGGAUUAUCGCCCUUGCGGCCCGCACGCUACACCAGAGCGGCUGGAGUUAUAGAUUGAUGGCCACGAAUCCUUGGUUGGUGGUCGGGUUGGGUCUUGCUGCUAGCAUUGGCACCAUGUACGGCACGUUCUAUACCCAUCCAGAUAACUACAUCCAAAAAUAUGCUCUCUGGAGCGCUUUCAAUGUCACUCAAGCCGCCAUCCUCACCCCGUUAAUGUUCCUGUCUCCCGCUAUCCUCGCUCGCGCCGGCCUCUACACCGUUGGCAUGAUGGGCUCGAUCGCUUUCAUCGGGGCCACGGCCAAACAAGAGAAGUACCUAUACUUGGGAGGGCCGUUGCUUGCGGGUGUCGCCAUCGUCGCCAUCUCCGGGUUUGCGCCGUUGGUUCUCCCUGCCACGGCAAUUCGCACGCUCGCGUGGACUGAGAAUAUUUGGCUCUAUGGUGGGCUUGCCGUCUUUGGUGGAUUUACGCUCUACGAUGUGCAGAAGAUUUUACACCAUGCUAGGAUGAGUGAACGGGGAUUGGUGAGGAAGGACGUGGUUAAUGAGAGCAUCUCGCUCGAAUUGGAUUUUUUGAACAUCUUCAUUCGGAUGGUGCAGAUUUUGAGUAUGAGGCAGAGUAACAGGAGAUGA